AUGGCAUGGCCUCUCCGAGCUACAAAGCAGCUAACACACGAUGACUACACAGUGGCGUGGAUUUGCGCUCUCCCACAUGAGAAAGCAGCAGCGAGGAAUAUGUUAGACGAGCUUCAUAAAAGUCCUCCGCAGCCAGAACAUGAUAAGAACAUUUAUACAUUUGGCAGCAUCUGCGGGCACAACGUUGUCAUCGUCUGCCAAGGAGAUGCGGGCACGACAGUCGCUGCUACUGUCGCCACUCGGAUGGACGGCACAUUUCGACGUUUGAGGUUUGGAUUGUUGGUAGGAAUUGCAGGCGGUGUUCCUGAGAAGGAAGAUAUCCGCCUUGGCGAUGUGGUAAUCAGCAAGAGAGAUGGCUUUUCCGGAGGAGUGGUGGCCCAUGACCACGGCAAAGUGACUAGCGAGGGUCUUCAGUCGACACCAUUUUUGAAUGGCGUGCCAGAGGUGCUGAGAAACGCUUUCAACGAACUAAGCUCUCGGCUUAUGGACGAAGACUGUAAAAUACCCAUAUAUAUCGCAGAGGCGACAGCUAGGAACCCUCGCUUUCAGCAUUUCCAUCACCCAAGUCUCCAGGAUAAUCUAUUCAAGAUUAACUAUACUCAUGAGGGUCAGGGUGAUGGUAAUUGUGAAAAUUGCAAGAAAGACAGUGAACAUCUUGUAGCCAGGACACCACGUCUAACUUCAAGUCCGGUCGUGCAUUUUGGGACUAUAGCUUCUGGCAAUCAUGUCAUUAAGGACAGUACUGAAAGAGCAAAGAUAGCUGCGGCUCAUCACGGCAUUCUUGCUAUCGAAAUGGAAGCUGCUGGCUUAAUGAAUGUCUUUGGCUGUGCGACGAUACGAGGAAUUUGUGAUUAUGCAGACUCGCACAAGAACGAUGAUUGGCAAAAUUAUGCAGCGGCUACAGCGGCGGCAUGUGCUAAGGAAGUUAUCGGUAUCAUACCAGUAACGUCACUAGCCAGUAAGUAA